CUCCUGUCGCCGUCGCGGCUUCCGGUGCUAGGUGGAGGGAGGGCAGGAGGGAGCCGGGGAGCGGGCCAGCGGACCAGCUUCGCCGCGGUCGGUCGGCUUGCGGAGCGGGAGGCGGCGGCCGGAGAGUCGGGGCGGAACCUGCGGGGGCGGCGGUGGCAGCCGCGGCGCAGGGAGCAGGAGCAGGAAGUACCAGGAUUCCCGGAACAGAAAAUGAAGCCUUUGCUUACGCCAGCCCUUUGAAGGAAGGAGGGGGAGGUGGGGAGGGUCAAGCCCUCCAUACCAAGGACCAAGCUAAAAACAGAUUACACUGCCCUUUCCUGGGCCCCAUUGACUUAAAGCAGCCACUGUAAUCAUGGGCAAUAUCUUUGGGAACCUUCUGAAGAGCCUAAUUGGCAAGAAGGAGAUGCGCAUCCUGAUGGUGGGCCUGGAUGCUGCUGGGAAGACCACCAUCCUGUACAAGCUGAAACUCGGGGAGAUCGUCACCACCAUCCCGACCAUUGGGUUUAAUGUGGAGACAGUGGAAUAUAAGAAUAUCAGCUUCACAGUCUGGGAUGUAGGUGGCCAGGACAAGAUUCGUCCCCUCUGGAGACACUACUUCCAAAACACCCAAGGCUUGAUAUUUGUGGUUGACAGCAAUGAUCGGGAGCGAGUGAACGAGGCCCGGGAAGAGCUGAUGAGGAUGCUGGCGGAGGAUGAACUCCGGGAUGCUGUACUCCUCGUGUUUGCAAACAAACAGGAUUUGCCGAAUGCUAUGAAUGCUGCUGAGAUCACAGACAAGCUGGGGCUGCACUCUCUGCGUCACCGCAAUUGGUACAUCCAGGCCACCUGCGCUACCAGCGGGGACGGGCUGUAUGAAGGCUUGGACUGGCUGGCCAAUCAGCUCAAAAACAAGAAGUGAGAGCCAGGCAGCCCUCUCUGCCUACCCCACCCACUCCUGACAUACACCUGUUGUCUCCUUACCCCAAUUUCCCCUUCUUCCUCUUGAAAGUGGCCAAGGUCCUGGGUGUCAUGUCCACAUGCCCAGCAAGCGCCUUGCCUCCCUCCUCCACCUCCCUCCUCCCUCCCUGUACACUGACACGGUCAGCCCCCAACUGCUGUCCUGGUGAUGAAUCAUUCCAAUUUACUGGAUUUAAACAGAAUGAAGCUGUUAUGGUUUCGUGGGGUGGUCCCCCUUGGUUUCAGGGGGAGUGGGUGUUCUCUCUGUGCUGUUUGGCACUGGUUGCCGUGCUCUUGGCAUCUGAGUCCCUUCCCUGUGUCCCUGGCCACUCUCCGCCCGGUCCUCCUCUCCUUCUGAACCUUCUCCUGUUCUACAUGGACAUUGCACGGGCCUCCCUGUGUGUGCGUGCAUGUGUGCGCCUGUAUAUACGUGUAUAGAGAGAUAUAUGUAGGGUCAGGGGAGGGAGCAGAGCGCAGCUCAGGGCUUGCAGCCGGGACACUGCGCAUUAGAACCUGUCCCCUGCCCUUCUGUGUUGGUGAGAUAAGGGGAUGUGGGUGGGUCCCAUUGCUUUCCUCUCCGCAGGUGGCAUUCCUGGAUGUUAGGAUACGUGAUGGGCGCCUACGGCCAUCUGUCUUAGCUUUCCUUCUCCACUGUGAUGAGCACAUGAAGUGGCAUUGGUCUAUGGGUGACUGUCCCUAAGGAGCUGCCGUACUUCUCUGCCUCAGUAGUAGAAAGGAAAGGAGCCCGCUCACGCUGUCAGUCUAGAGUGUUGUACUGAUCCUCCCCCACCGUCCUCAGAUCUGCUCCUCAGGAACUCAGAGGGAGGUGGGUUAGUGGGACCUGCAUGUAGAAGGAGGACAGUGGUCUGGGGAAGGCCUAGUUUUCCAUCUUACUGUCAUAAGGAGGAGAAGGUAAGGCAUGGAGCAGUCCUGUUCCUGCCUUCUGGUCUGUCAGAGAUCUUUCCCCUUAGUAGUUCUGCUGGCCUGACGAGGACUGACCAGGUGGAGUAACAAGAAGCCAUGGACUGGGGGUAACACAGCCGACCUCAGCAUCAACUCCCUGUUCUCCAGUUCUCUGUCUAGUUCAGGACCAGGAAAGAUGAGUUUCUAUUGUCCUCGAUGUCCUGUCCCCCUCCUUCCUGGCAGCUUUCCCCAGUCCUCGCCCUGUCCGGAAUAGGUCUGUGGGGUUGAAGUAUAAGACCCUGCAUGGCUGAGCCUGGAACUGUGAUCUUCAGGGCCCUCCCUUCCAUCAGCCUCUGCUUGUUCAGCUGCUGCUGCAGGUCUGUAGAGGGCGCCUAUUCCAGAAGCUCUGACCUGGGUCCUGAUUUGUCACUGCACUGAAGCUGUGGCUGUUCUGUGGGCUCCUGUGUGUGCUGGCUGCGCCCUGAGCUCCAAAACAGCUGCCCAUAACCUCUCUGCUAAGGUCAGGCCCCUGGGCUCUCUGCAGCUUGGCCAAGGGACUCUUCCCAGAGGCCUCUUGUGAGUUCCUCCACACAGUGGCCAGCUUUCCUGCCACCUUUGUCUGUAGCAGGCAGAUAGGUCCCCAGCCUACCGUCAGCUGAGCUGUGCGAGGUUCCAGGAUGCCUCUCAGUGCAGGUAGUGCUGUGAUGUCCCCAGACACCGUGUGAGCGUGUGCUCUAGGCCUGGUGUGUGUGUGUGUGUGUGUGUGUGUGUGUGUGUGUGUUCUCUAUAUGGGGGUGCCAGGGGUUCUGUUUCAUUUUAAAUGGGUUCCUUCCAUUCCCUGCAUUCCUCUUUACUGUUCCUGCGUCCCCCUCUGUCGCCCUCACUCUCUCUGCCGGUUCUGAGCCUCCCCCCUCUGUUGCUGCUGUGAGUGCCUGUUUGCCUUCUCUGUUCACUCACCACUUUGCCUGUUUGGUUUUGGUUUUGUCUUCUGUUUGAUUUUCUGCUCUAUCUUUGCUUUGAGAUUGGUGAGGCCUUUGCCUCUCUUUCUGCCAUGCUCUCUGACCUUCCUGCUUAGAUGCUAGCUCCAGAUAGGUUGUGUACAUUGCAGACAUGAGUCCAAUCCUGCACCCCUUACCACAGCUUAUUUUUCUCCACCUCCUGGGACCAACCUGAGGCUGAGCAGGCUGAAGCAGCCUUGAAUGUUGCCUCGGUGCAUGCUGCUCCAGACCUGUCCAGCAGGGGGCAGUAGCAUCUUGGUACCAUCCCUGGCUUUGUGGGGAGGUAGGGGUGCUUUCUACAUUCCCUAAUCUUUAGGGUUGGGUGUUUCAUCCCAUUUCUGUGAACUCCUCUCUUGCUUUUCUCAAGUUGGUUUUAUUUUUUAUCCUGUUGUACCUUUCUUUCUGGGGACUCCCCCUUCCCUCCACCUCCGAAGUUUGUGGUGUUACAGUGGUAUCUGCAGUUCUGAAGCGGGUUUUUUUCUUUUUGCUUUCUCUGGAAUGUAGACUGUACAUGUUUAAUAACUUGCCUUCUCUAUCCUUGCUCAAAAAUGUGGGAUAAUGCAAUGACUGUGCCCUGGUUGGAAAUUAAACUUGUUUUACGCAGCUCUGGCGCAGCCCUUUGUCCUUGAGCAACACUGCGGCAGUGGGAAGUUGUGUGGUCCUUUCCACACCGUUCCUUUUCUCUGCAGAGGUGGGAGGACACACCUCAGCCGUGGAGAGUAAGUCAUGGAGGAGCACAGGAUUAUUGGGAAUGCUGGCCGGUUAUGGUUCCUUCUUCCCAUCACACCCUAAAGGAAGUCUAAACAAAUCAAGUGCUAGCGUGUGGGGGUUCUAUGACUGACCAACUCCUAAAGAGCUCCGUCCUCAAUUUACCUGUAUUUGCCACCUCUUGAUAGACUUCAGGGGAGGCAGUUCUCAGCCUGUAGGGUGUUACACCUUUGAGGGUCACAUAGCAGAUAGCCUGCAUAUCAAAUAUUUACAUUAUGAUUCAUAAUAGUAGCAGAGUUACAGUAAGCACAGGGUAAACAUCUGGGCAGUGUAGUAAGUACAGGGCAAACAUCUGGGCAGUGUAGUAAGUACAGGGUAAACAUCUGGGCAGUAUAGUAAGUACAGGGUAAACAUCUGGGCAGNAUAGUAAGUACAGGGUAAACAUCUGGGCAGGAUAGUAAGUACAGGGUAAACAUCUGGGCAGUAUAGUAAGUACAGGGCAAACAUCUGGGCAGUAUAGUAAGUACAGGGCAAACAUCUGGGCAGUAUAGUAAGUACAGGGCAAACAUCUGGGCAGGACAGUAAACACAGGAUAAACAUCUGGGCAGGACAGUAAACACAGGGUAAACAUCUGGGCAGGACAGUAAACACGGUAAACAUCUGGGCAGGACAGUAAACACAGGGUAAACAUCUGGGUGCAUAGUAAGCACAGAGGAUAAACAUCUGGGCGCAUAGUAAGCACACAGGGUAAACAUCUGGGCAGGACAGUAAACACAGGAUGAACAUCUGGGCAGCAUAGUAACCCGGGUGCCUUCCUCAGCAUAAAGCAGCCAGCUGCACUCGGGAUGUGUGGGUCCUGUUGCCAGGCAGCUAACUCUAAGGGACAUCUUGAGGGUGCAUCUUUAGUAAAGCUUGCAUUCCUGCUCCUCUUCCAUUGCUCUGGUGUCUUCUGCUGUCACUGAAGACAGCACUCCACACAAAGGAAAGGUGUGGCGCCGACCUCAGGAAGCAGGGAACCCUCUCCUUCCCUUCCUCCAGAGCUUGUCCCACAUCCUGCCAUGACGACUGCACUCAUGGCCCCUUCCUUUCUCUCGUGACAGGUUUACUUUUCCUCUGGUUACCGUCACCCUCUCAAGAACCAUUGCUUUUUGUCCAUUUCUCUGACUUCUAAACCUCGACCCAUCACCAACCCCAUGUCUUCAAUAUUACUUUCCCUGAAAGUCUGACACUUUGCCUCCCUCCUUCUGGCUCCUCCAGGCUUCUACUGCUAAUAAGUUAGGAAUAUCUUUCUCUGGUGCUUUGUUUAUUUGUUAAUAAAUAGAUCACUUUCUGAGCUGUA